AUGGUCGUCCCUGUGCUUCAUGCAAGUAUUCCCGAGACAGCAAAUGCAGCUAGGCCUGUAGCGCGCCGGCUGGUGUUCGGAAUACCUGGAAUUCCCAACACACAGGAGGGAGCUGGUAGUUCUAGUUCGAGUACAGAGGCUCUACCUGAGGUAGCUGACGAAUUUGGUGUGGAUACUGCCCUUGCUGACAUACAGUACGAGGAGGACGAAAUUUACGUCGGACGUGUCUUCAAAUCCAAAACUGACUGCAAAAUCAAACUAGCAAUUCAUGCCAUGAAUAGGAAGUUCCAUUUCAGAACUCCCCGCUCGAGUCCGGCAAUGCUACUUGCCCAAUGCGUUGGUAAUGGUUGCCCAUGGCGCGUGUAUGCGGUUCUACUGGAUGCUAGUGGGAAAUUCCAAGUUCGCCAAGCAAAUCUCAUUCACUCAUGCACCGUUCAUGAGCGCCGCAACUACCACAAACUGGCAACCACUCAGGUUAUAGGCGAGAUAAUGCAAUCAAGGUUUGUUGGAAUCAAGCGUGGCCCAACCGCAACAGCAAUUAGGAAAAUAAUGUUGGAUGAGUUUCAUGUGAACGUCUCCUAUUGGAAAGCGUGGAGAGCUAGAGAGCUUGCAAUGGACCAUGCAAUGGGUACAAUGGUAGGAAGCUACUCACUUAUACCUGCAUAUUUAGCUCUUCUUCAGUCAUCAAAUGAAGGAAUGACCUGCUUCUUGGAGAGUACAGAUGCCGAAGAUGGAGGAAGAAGAUUUAAGUAUUGUUUUGUUGCAUAUGGGGCGUCAAUCUCAGGGUAUCCGUCGAUGCGGAAAGUGGUUGUUGUUGAUGGGACGUCAUUGAAAGGAAAGUUUGGGGGCUGCCUACUUUCAGCGUCUGCACAAGACGGAAAUUUCCAAGUAUUUCCUCUAGCUUUUGCGGUGGUCGAUAGUGAAAACGACGAUGCUUGGGAAUGA